AUGAAAUUGAAAUUGGUUUUAUUAAAUUUAAUGUUAUUUUCAGUGAUUGGGCUUAAAGGGGAGGAAUUUAACACUUCUAUAAAUAAUAAUAAUAAAGCUCAUAAGCUUACAAAGCCUACGGCUUCUGCAUCAUCAUACACAUCUCAUAAACAAUAUUCCUCUGGUCCUAUCAACUCAGAGAAAAAACUUCAAUCCUUUGUUAAAGAACUUAAUGAUAACAACUUUGAACACCUUACACAAUCUGCAACAGGAUCAACAACUGGUGACUGGUUUGUGUUGUUUUAUCUCCCUAAUUGCCAACAAAGCCAAAUGUCUUUGGUAGAGUUGGACAAGCUUUCUGUGAUUGCUAGAGAAAGUUUGAAUGUUGCAAAAAUAGAUGUUUCUAAGAAUCAACAAUUAAUAAACCGUUUUGGAAUCGUUGCUGUGCCUUCCUUUAGAUUCUUUAGAAAUGGAAAGAUGUACACCUACACUGGCAUGAGAAAUGCUGAAGUAAUUAAGGCCUUUAUUUGGAAUAAAGAUUAUAAGAAAUUACCUUCUCAGCCAGUUCCUGAGCCUCUAAGUACUUUUGACAUUAUCGUUUCUGAAAUUAAGCACACCAUUAAUGAUAUAAACAAGCUCAUCAAACUGGCUCCGCUUGUUACAAUUAUUAUUCUCCUUAUUGGCUUCUUUACUGGAAUUGGUGUCACGAACAUCUUCUCUAGGAGCUCCGCCAGACCCAAGACUAUUAAAAGCAAUGGCAAGCCAAAGUACGAUCACUACUCUGAUAAUGAACAAGAACACGAGGAAGAGGAUGAAGAUGAAGGCGAAGAAGAAGAGGAAGAAGAUGAAGAAGAGGAUGAAGAGGAAGAAGAGGAAGAAGAUGAGGAAGAAGAAGAGGAAGAAGAAGAGGAAGAAGAGGAAGAUGAGGAAGAAGUCGAAGAGGAAGAGGAGGAAGAAGAGGAAGAGGAGGAAGAAGAUGAGGAAGAAGAUGAGGAAGAGGUCGAGCCAGUGCAUCUCAAAACUCCACAAAGAAACAGAAGAACCGCACCCAGCAACCCCGCCAAGGAGGAAAGAUUAAAUAAUACUUAUAAUACGAGCGUAAGGAGAUCCAGUCGUUUAAGAAAGCCAUAA